AUAUCCAACUGCAAAAACCUUGUAUGCCCGAUCUGCAACAGAGUAAGCAACUAUUCGCCAUCAAUAACCCAUGGAUUUGCCACGAAGCCCAAGCAGUCACAGAAGAGCAUGUUUGUCUACCAACGAUGGCUUUUCAUGGGCUGUGGUGGAAAGAAACAAGGACGAAGAGACACAGCGGUGACAGUAAAGCAGAGUCAAGAGAAAGGCCAUUUAACGAGUGGUCUGUGGUGAACGAGUUGCGAGAGAACGUGUCAAACGACAAAGUGUGAUCGGCGAGUCGGACAAACUUUCUCGGUGCAUUACGUGCGCGCUUCGGUGUGUGUGCACACGAGCGUCGGUUUUUCGUGCGCGCGUUCGUUGUACGUGUGUCCUGUUUCUGCGCGCCUGUGUACGCGUGCUUAUGUGCGUCUAAUGUGAGUUGGUGCGCGCGUUCGCAUUCGCUGCUAGAACACAGUAACUAGCGAACUUGCGCACGGGCAAUAAUAGAGAGCUUUAGCUUAGGGGACGCAAGCGGCUUGCGUCCCCUAUAAACUAAAACGCUCUAAUGUUUUAUACGGGCGAAUUUUCGCCGGUAUUCGGGUAAUUCCUCAUUUCGCCGCAGAAAUGCAGCACGGUGAGCAAAACCGGUGGAAAAAACCCACGCCGGAUGCCAAGUUUGAACGCGUGCUGCGACAGCCGGCGCAGCUGUGUUUGGAUUACCGCACGCAUGGACGAAAUACAAUUUAAAAAAAAAAACAAGAUCAACAAAAACGCGAUGCAACAACGCCCAAUGAAAAGAAAAGUGCAGAAAAACAAAUGCCGCAGAUAGACGGGCUGUCAGGCGCUCGUAUUUUACUUGUGCCUCGAGAAAGAAAAAGAAAGGAAGAGAAAAAGAAAAGAGGAAACACAAAAAUGUGCCACUGCACUCGCGAAAAAUUUCCACCCGACCCUCGGGAAGAGUUACAGUGUGCAGCAGCACCAUUUCCUUCUCUCCCGUGGUGUGUCCCGCAUUCUGCG